AUGUCUAUGGGAAAACGUGCGACAAAGGUCGUGUCCUAUAACGAACAAAACGAUGAUGAUGAUUUUUUACCGGCUGUUGAUAAUACUAAAAAGAGUCGUAGUGUAAAAUCCAAUCGUACUUCAACAGAAUCGACAACUAAUACUAAAUCUUUGCCACAGAAAUCUGGUGAAAAAUUAUCUAAAUCUGAACAGGAAAAAUCUAAAAGAGUGAUUGCAAGUCCAAAGAAAUCACCUAAAAAACUAACAACAGAAACUUCAAUCAUUAUUCAUGAAAAAGCAAAUACACAUAGUCAAUCUAUGAUAUUCAGCAAUGACACUGAGACAUCACCAGAACACUUAGCUGAUGUUGAUGAUCAAGAGGAAGAUUUAUCACCAAAAAGUAAACGUAUGAAACAUGAAGCAGACGAUGAUACUCAUGAUGAUGAAUCUGAGAAUAAGAAUGAAGAAGAAGAACUCGGUGAAGACGUUUCAAUGUCUAAUGAAAUUUCAAUCUCGACAACAAAAGAAAAAAUUAAGAACGCCGAAAUGUCAGUAGAUCAUCAUAUAAUACUAACUGAUGAUCGACAUUUUCCAACUCGAACGUCCGAUCUUCCAAAGACGCGAGCAUCGGUUCCAUUAGGUUUUCCAACUAGUAAGAUAAAUAUUUCAUCACCGCAUGCAUUUCGUGUUGGUUUGUCACGUAAAUCAUCAACUAUAAAACCUCUUCAUCCUAAUAUCACUUCACGUGUUGUUCAUGAAUAA